UUUUGUGUUGUUGGACAGCUGUUGAUAAACAUUAAUUAAGUUUGAUUUUUUAGAGAUUUUGUCAAUUAAUUAUGUUAUUUUACUGAAAAUAAAGAAAUAUUAAAGUUAAAUUAUGGCAACUAAUAAUUACCCUGCUCCAGAAUUCUUUUCAAUUGCUCCACCAUUGAUGGAUUUUGAGUCCGAACUAAUUUGGUUCGACUGGACGGAAUCGUUUAAUGUUAAAGUGGAAUAUGACAAAAGUAAUCGCAUAAGUACCAAUACCAGGGAAUUAAUGGAGUUGGCCUUUACACAACCCCUAAAUCUGCAAGAUCAAAAGUUGCUGUUGAAUGAGCUGGUCAAAAAUCCUUUCUUUGUCUACCAAAUACGUCUAACGCCCGAUAAGUUACCACGUUUGGUAGAAAAUAAUCCCAUGAUAUCUUUUGAAAUUUUGGUUAAACUAAUGGAUUCUCCCGAAAUUACCGAAUAUUUUCAUGUUUUGGUUAAUAUGGAUAUAACUUUGCACUCAAUGGAAGUUGUUAACAGAUUGACCACUUCUGUUAACUUACCCACGGAAUUCAUUCAUUUAUACAUAAGCAAUUGCAUUUCAUCUUGUGAAAAUGUCAAGGACAAAUACAUGCAAUCUCGUCUGGUACGUCUGGUAUGCGUUUUCCUGCAAUCUCUUAUUAGAAAUAAAAUAAUUAACGUAAAGGAAUUAUUUAUUGAAAUUGAAACAUUUUGUGUGGUUUUCAAUAGAAUUAAAGAGGCCGUAGCUUUAUAUCGUCUAUUGAAGCAUUUGGAUAUGGGAGAACCAGCCCAAAAUCCAACUCCCACCAGCGGCAGUAGUUCUAAUACAACCUCAUCUUCUUCAUCGUGUAGUAAAACUGAUAAAAAUGGAGCAAAUAAAUAAUGUAUAAAAUAAA